GCGGAGGGGGAGGGGGUACACUGAAUGCUUAUAAAAGGCUUAAAUGAUCAGGAGGACUAGCAGUUCGGUGGUAGUUGAUCGGGUGAAACUAGACCGCUCAAUCGUUAAUUAAUUUAGAAAUUUUUCAUAUAAAUUUACCAGAAUGUCGGCUGCCGGACCGGAAGUGAUUGCUGGUACUGUCGGUGCAUCUGCAGCGGCUGGUAUGUCAGCCUCAUCUACAUUCCUGGCGUUACUGGUACCAGCCCUUGUACUGUGGUUCAUCUACUUCAGAAUUUCAAGACGUCAUAUGAUCGAACUUGCUGAGAAACUUCCAGGACCCACUGGCUAUCCCCUCGUUGGAAAUGCACUAGAAUUCAUCGGGAGCUCCGACACCAUUUUCCGCAAUAUUUACAAACGAUCCUUCGAGUUCGACCAGGUGAUCCGCCUCUGGAUCGGUCCCAAACUCCUCGUCUUCCUGGUUGACCCUCGAGACGUCGAGGUAAUUCUUUCCAGUCACGUCUACAUCGACAAGUCCCCCGAGUACCGAUUUUUCCAGCCCUGGCUUGGAAAUGGUCUCCUGAUUUCCACUGGACAAAAAUGGCGGGCCCAUCGUAAGCUCAUUGCUCCUACCUUCCACUUGAACGUUCUGAAGAGUUUCAUCGACCUCUUCAACGCCAACUCCCGCUGUGUCGUCGAGAAAAUGCGUAAAGAAGGUGACAAAGAGUUCGACAUUCACGACUACAUGUCAGAGACAACAGUUGAAAUUCUCCUGGAGACAGCAAUGGGCGUCUCAAAGACCACCCAAGACCGCAGUGGCUUCGAAUACGCAAUGGCUGUGAUGAAAAUGUGUGACAUUCUUCAUCUGCGUCACACCAGGGUCUGGCUGAGGCCAGAUUGGCUCUUCAAUCUCACCAAGUACGGAAAGGAUCAGAUCCAACUAUUGGAGAUCAUCCACGGACUGACGAAGAAGGUCAUAAAACGCAAGAAGGAGGACUACAAAGCUGGAAAACGUAACUUCAUUACCGACAGCAAAGAAGCUAGAGAAGCCAAAGCUACCAGUGUCGAGGGGCUUUCGUUUGGACAGUCAUCUGGUCUCAAGGACGAUCUCGAUGUCGACGAUAACGAUGUCGGCGAGAAGAAGAGGUUGGCGUUCUUGGAUCUUCUGAUCGAGGCUGGACAGAAUGGAGUUGUACUCAAUGAACAGGAAGUUAAGGAGCAGGUCGACACGAUCAUGUUUGAGGGUCACGAUACGACAGCCGCUGGUUCCAGUUUCUUCCUCUCGAUGAUGGGGUGCCACCCGGAGAUUCAGGAGAAGGUGAUCCAGGAGUUGGACGAGAUCUUCGGUGACAGUGACAGGCCAGCGACAUUCCAGGAUACCCUGGAGAUGAAGUAUCUUGAGCGCUGCCUGAUGGAGACUCUUCGCAUGUAUCCACCAGUGCCAAUCAUUGCACGCCAGAUCCAGACUGAUCUUAAGCUCGCCUCUGGUGAUUACACCGUUCCCGCUGGUUGCACCGUAGUCGUGGGGACCUUCAAGAUGCACCGCCAGCCCCACAUCUACCCGAACCCCGAUGUCUUCAAUCCAGACAAUUUCCUCCCCGAGAAGACAGCGAAUCGUCACUACUACGCAUUUGUCCCAUUCUCAGCUGGUCCACGUUCCUGCGUCGGACGUAAAUACGCAAUGCUCAAGCUCAAGAUUCUUCUGUCAACAAUUUUGAGAAAUUUCCGGGUGAAAUCCGACAUCAAAGAGUCCGACUUCAGGCUCCAGGCUGACAUCAUCCUGAAGAGAGCCGAGGGCUUCCGAGUACAUCUUCAGCCGAGAAAACCAACUGUGAAAGCCUAAGGGAAUCGAUAUCGAUAGUCCGGGUGUUUCGUUAUUAUUUUUAGCCCUCGGAAGUCCUUUUAAUUAUUUCAAAUUCGUCACCCAGAAAUUUAUGGACCGGGUUUACUUUACUCACUCAUUUUCAUUGGUUUCUGUGCGACCUGGGAGAUAAGUAUAAAUCAUUGUACAUGUUUGUAUAGAUUUUUCAAUUUUUCUUUCCAAUUUUAAUUUCGUUAUUUCCCCUCUGGCGAUCGUAUAUUUAGAAUUUAUUUUAUUGUUAAAUUUGAAUAAUUUAUGUAUCGUAUGGAAUAAAGUUUGAGUUUGCUUUUGAAAGUUA